CAAAGUAUAAAAAUAUUUAACCUCUUAUAUACGUGAAACGGCACAGUAUUGGCCAUAACAAAAUCUUCCACCAAAAAACACUCAUUCUCAGGCCGCCGCCGCCGCCGCCGCCGCCUGCCGUUCGGACUGCAGUGAGCCGCCGAUCACAGUUCUUUUCACCGCAGACCACGAAAAACAGCAUUGCCUGUAUAAAAUAAUUUGAACUUCAGAGAUGGAGUAUGUCAGCCCGGAGGGACUUCGCUUGGAUGGUCGCCGACCCAUGGAAAUGCGACAAAUUCGAGCAGAGAUUGGCGCUGUAUCCAAAGCUGACGGCUCUGCCGUUUUCGAGAUGGGUAAUACCAAAGUGAUUGCUGCUGUUUAUGGCCCUAGAGAGGUUCAAAAUAGGAGCCAACAACUGAGUGACAAGGCUCUGGUUAGAUGUGAAUACAACAUGGCUAAUUUUAGCACGGGUGAUCGCAUGAGGAAACCAAAGGGUGACAGGAGAUCAACUGAAAUUUCUUUGGUUAUUCGACAAACCCUAGAAGAAUGCAUAUUAACACAUUUAAUGCCCCGUUCCCAGAUAGAUAUUUAUGUCCAAGUUCUCCAAGCUGAUGGAGGAACAAGGUCUGCUUGUAUAAAUGCUGCAACUCUGGCCCUAGCUGAUGCUGGGAUUCCCAUGCGUGAUCUUGUAACUUCCUGUAGUGCUGGAUACCUCAAUAGCACCCCUCUACUUGAUUUGAACUAUGUAGAAGACAGUGCUGGGGGUCCUGAUGUAACCGUAGGAAUUCUGCCGAAGUUGGAUAAAGUGACGCUUCUUCAGAUGGAUUCUAAACUACCAAUAGACAUUUUGGAAAAUGUUAUACAACUUGCUACAGAAGGUUGCAAAGCAAUUGCAAACUACAUACGAGAAAUUUUGCUGGAGAACACAAAGGAACUUGAGUAUCGACGGGGUUCAUAGUCUUAUAGAAGUAAUAUUUCCUUUUUGCUUGUUUCUUUUUCUUGGUUUAUUUCUUGGUAUGCAUAUAACUUGAUACUAUGGUGGUUGUUGCUGAUGGUAGUCUUUUCAUGCACUGCAGUUAUGUUUUUAUGUUUUCAUUUAAUUCUUAGGUUAGAAUUCUAUAGUUAUUUACCUGAAAAUGUUUGAAGGUGCUUAAAUGUUGUUGUCACCUAGUUUUCAUUUUCUGUUAUGAGGUGUGUAUUAAGUAACACACUAAUUUUAGAAAACUCAUUGAAAUUCAAGUAGGUUCUAUUCAA